AUGAAGACCACCACCGUUGUCUCAGUUCUUGCUGCGGCCUCCAGUGCUAUGGCUAUUUCCUGUGUUCCAGGACAAACUUACUGUGGAGCUGUUCUCCUCAGACGUGGCAACUACCAUGAACAAAUUAACGAAGCACUCUUGAGAGAAGGGAAGCCGACAAAUAGCCAUCAUGUCCUUGAGUCGCUUUUCUACUGUACAGAUGAUGAAGAUUAUGUGAUUUGGAAGGCCACUUGCAGGCCGGGCAAGUGCCAGGAUGCCGGAACUGGGCGUCCUGAUUAUUGUAUUGGUGACCCUGAAGAACAGUAG